CAAUUACAGCAACAAAUGCUAACACAGACUCUUCAACAGCAACAACCUGUUCCUUCUCCACAGCAGCAGCAAGCGCAAGCCCAGAGAUUCUUAUUGCAGCAACGUCAGGUCGCAGCGGCUGUUCAACAACAAUUGUUGCAACGACCACAGCAACAGCAACAAUUAUUUCAGUUGUUGCAACAACAACAGAUUAAUGCGCAACAAACGGCGAGACAGCAACAAAUAUAUCAACAAUUGUUACAAAACCCCGCUUUGCAACAAGAUCAAAUCCGAAGAAUGCAACAGCAACAGCAACAAUUGCAAAGGCAAUCUCAGCAACCGCAACAACAGUUGCAAGCGACGCCUCAGCAAAUUGCAGCAGUACAAGCACAAUCGAAUAAUUUUAUUCGACCAACCGCAUCUCAGGUUCCAUCUUCUCCAAAACCUACCCAACCAGGAACUCAUCGACCAAAUCUUUUACAACAGCAAGUUUUAACUAACUUAGGAUUCCCUCCAGACCAGCAGUUAACACCGGACGUCUUGAAAAGACUUAGUGUUUACAUGACAGUGAUGCAGCAACAACAGCAGCAAGCUGCACAACAGCCGAAUGUUCAACAAGAUAUCACUAUACAAUCACCUGCGAAAGUUAACCCACAACCUGUCUCUAACGUCGCUGGUCCUUCUAUGAAAUUGCCUAAUAAUGUGACAAUUCAAUCGCCUGCUAAUCAGAUGAAAGGACAAGCACCGUCUCAAAGCCCUAGAACUAUGUUCAUGAUGCCAAAUACGGGUCCUUCUAUAACUAAUUCACUUGGAACCACACCUAAUCAAUCUCCUGCGAUAGUAAAUGCAUCACCUGUAACAAUGUCAAAUAAAACGACUCCAAAUAUGUCUCCUAGUGCUGCUUCAGCUAAAUUAGCGGCAGCAAAUUUAGCAACGCCACAACUCAAAAUACCUCAAAAUAAGCUCGUAAGUUCGGCUAUUCAAAAUGCCAAUGUUGCACCUAAUCUUGGAAUUAAAGUUCCUUCAGGCGUUGGUAUUAAUACAAAUCUCGGGUUAAUGCCUGGUUUUCAAGGUGCAAAUGCACGUCCGAAUAUAAUGAUGCACACGACAGCUAACAGCGCUGCAAAUACAAACGCAAUUAUGUUGGCUGUUAAUAAUAACAAUACCGCUAAUCAAGGAAUAGUUGCUUCCAAUGGUGCCAAAGCAGCAGCAAUGAUGACCGCUCAAAAUGCUAUGUUCGCAAAUGCGACAAGACCUUCAAUGACUCAACCUCUUAAUAUGAACACUGUUCGUCCGAAAUUUCCAAUUAUGCGCCCUAAUGCUCAGAUGUCUAUUGUAAACAGUUCUGCAGCACAAUCUGGAUCACUAGCAACGUUGACCGAGAAGGAGGAGAAAGAAGCAUUAGCUAUGAUAAAUCAAAUAGAUAGUAAAGCUAGAGAAAAAAAUAUUCAAUAUCAUGAAAUUGACCUUUCUGAAGAUGAAAAAAGACAAAUAAGGAUCAAGUUACAAGAAUUGACUCCAAUGUACAAAAAAGUUGAUGAAGUAUUGCCAUACUUUUGGCAUUAUACAAGAUCAAGUCAGGGGACAUACCGCUUAUUGGGGAUGAAAUACAUGAUAGAAGAUCAAUUAAACGCUCUACCAUCUGGAAAGUUUCUACUCAAACUAGACCUUGUUGAAAAUUUAUUACAACAAUUUCGAAAAUAUUUUGUUUUCGUGGAAAGUCGUAGAAGAGGUAUUGAAGAUACUUCUGGAUUAAUGAACUUUCACCCAAAUGUUCAUCCGCAACAACCUCAACAUCCAAACGUAGAUAGUCUGAUCAGACCACGCCUAAAUUCAUCAGACUUGAAACUUCCAGCGGCGCCGAAGCAUCCUAAUGAUAGCUCAGGUGCUUCUGGUAGCUCAUCGAUCCCUACAAAAAAACGCCCAUUUUCAGUCGACCAGGAAGUACAACAAUCGAAUAAGAAGCAACAACCUAACUCUAAUAGUAUUCUUAACCGCUCUGCACCUGAUGGCUCGACUAUCAGCAUUCAAAAUACUUCGGCAACUAAUGCCUCUAGUCAAAACAACCCUAUCGUAAUUUCAGAUGAUGCAAAACAAAUUUCAUCGGAAACUCAAGAAAUAGGCGUCUCUGAUAAAAACAGUGCCACUACUGAAGAUUAUCGUGCAGGCUCACAAUUGCUUACGAAUAAAUUGAAAGGUAUUUCACCGCGAGUAAUGCGUAGUGGUCCGACAAUGGCACCAAGGCAAGGAUAUUCCCCAUGCGAAGGGAGUGAACAGAGAGCUAUGUUGGUCUCUUUACUCAACACUGCUUAA